AUGGCUCCUGGAAAAGCUUCUUCUCCUCCUCAAUAUCUACCUCCCACAAAAGGGUUUCUAUCUUAUCUGCCAGCACCAUGGGUCCCCUACGCUGAGCUUAUUCGUAUAGACAAACCACAUGGCAUCUACAUGAUCUUAUACCCCUACAUCUUGGGCCUCCUCUAUGCGGCUAAGAUUGCAUCGGCUCCGUUGCCUUUACCUCUAGUCAUUAAUCGCGCCAUUCAACUUACGAUAUGGACUUUUUUCCUCCGAAGCGCUGGCUGCGCCUGGAACGACAACAUCGACCAAGAUUAUGACAAACAGACGGCUCGGUGCCGAAACAGACCCAUUGCACGAGGCGCAAUCUCGACUUUUCAGGGGCAUGUCUAUGCUACCGCGCUGAUAGCGCUCGGCUUCGUAUCCUUGCAAGAAUUUCCCUUUGAAUGUAAGGCGGCUGCCGCCGUAGCUGUCGUGUUAGCAUGCAUCUACCCUUUUGGAAAACGCUUCACGCAUUUCGCCCAAGUUCCUCUAGGUGCAACGUUAUCUGUUGCUAUAGUGCUAGCACCAUAUUCCGUGGGCGUGGAUCCUCUUUCGGAAGCCAAAAUUGUUCCAACGGCUAGCCUUGUGGCCUGCAUUAUCAUGCUUGUCAUGUUCUAUGAUGUCGUCUACGCGCGCGCGGAUACGGCUGAUGACUUGAAGUCAGGGGUCAAAGGAAUGGCAGUUCUCUUCCGCAAUUGGAUGACGACAUUACUCCUGUCUCUCAUUAUCGGAAUCACGACACUUCUCUUCGUUGCAGGACAGUCUACUGGAAUGAGUCCCUUUUUCUUUCAGCUAUCUGUUACAGGUCCGGCUAUCUGCCUUCUUACUAUGAUUACUCUACUAUCUGGCCACUUCAAUGGCUAUGGAUGGUACGCCGGCAAGUGCUAUGUUUUAGCUAUUGCUAGCUUGCUAAGCGGCUUUACUGUGGAAUAUUAUAAGACACUCGUGCAGUGA